CACUUUUCUGACGCUUUGGGGAGUUCCGUGCGUCCGAGCCUCUCGCACCUCUCCACGGUUUAAAUCCCUCCUCUGGCUGCUCCACCUGGACGUGUCGCUAAUUUCCCUAUUCAUUCACCCGUGCGGUCAUUUCACGUCGUCGUGACUCCUAAUUGUUUCUUGGCAGAGUUAGAAACCGGUGGUGAAAAGGCUCAUAUGAGUGCGCCUCCGCUGAUCCGUGCGCCCAGCCCUCUCCCGUUCUCAGGGGGCACAAACAACACCAACACCGGCGCCGGGGAGGGGUGGUGGUGGUGUAGGAGGAGGAGGAGGUGGUGGUGGUGGUGUGAUCUCCUUCCACAUCCAGAUCGGUCUGAGCCGGGAGCCCGUGCUGCUGGAUGCCGCGGAGUUCAGCCUCAGUCAGGUCCGGGAGGUGGCGUGCUCCAUCGUGGACCAAAAGUUACCAGAGUGCGGCUUCUAUGGGAUGUAUGAGAAGAUCCUCCUAUUCCGUCAUGAUCCUACAUCAGACAACGUGCUGCAGCUACUACGCUCUGCUUCUCAGAUCCAGGAGGGUGACUUGGUGGAAGCCAUACUGUCAGCUUCAGCCACAGUAGAGGACUUCCAGAUUCGUCCACACUGCCUGUUUGUCCAUUCGUACCGAGCACCAGCCUUCUGUGACCACUGUGGGGAAAUGCUGUGGGGACUUGUACGCCAAGGACUUAAAUGUGAAGGUUGUGGUCUGAAUUACCACAAGCGCUGUGCCUUUAAGAUCCCCAACAACUGCAGCGGGGUGAGGAGGCGUCGUCCCUCCAAUGUCUCAUUGACAGGCGGGAUAAUCAACAUCGGCCGUCCGCUCUCUGCUGAGCCUUCACCUCCCCACUACAGUGAUGAUGCUUUAUUGUCUCCAGUCAGUCCUAGCAUGGAGCAGAAGAACCAGUUAGAUUACUUUCCUGGUAGAGAGCGGCGAUCCAGUUCACAAUCAUAUAUUGGCCGUCCCAUUGAGCUUGACAAGAUCUUACUGUCAAAAGUCAAAGUUCCCCACACAUUCCUGAUUCACUCUUACACCCGGCCUACUGUCUGCCAGCACUGCAAGAAGCUGCUCAAAGGCCUCUUCAGGCAGGGCCUGCAGUGCAAAGACUGUAAAUUUAAUUGUCAUAAACGAUGUGCGCAAAAAGUGCCAAACAACUGCCUGGGAGAAGUUUCCAAAAAUGGAGAACUUCUGAGCCCAGGUGCAGAAUCGGAUGCCCUCAUGGUGGAGGGUUGCCUUGAUGAUCAUGAUAUUGACAGAGGGGGUAGCCUCUUGGAUGACAUGGAUGAAGCACUGGCCUCAGAGAGUGGCCUGCUACUAGAGGCAGGACCCAGCGAUCUCUGUGACAUGCACGACCCUGACCUAGAUGAGUCCAACCGAGCCAUCAGCCCCUCCACCAGCAACAACAUUCCUUUGAUGCGAGUUGUCCAGUCUGUCAAACACACAAAGAGGAAGAGCAGCAAUGUGAUGAAAGAGGGCUGGAUGGUCCACUACACCAGCAAGGACACUCUGAGGAAAAGACAUUACUGGAGGCUAGACAGUAAAUGCAUUACGCUGUUUCAGAACGACACAGGAAGUAAAUAUUACAAGGAAAUCCCUCUGUCUGAAAUCUUGUCUCUGGAGCCUGCUCAGAAUUAUUCUCUGCUUCCUGAUGGAGCCAAUCCUCAUUGCUUUGAGAUCGCCACGGCAUCACUGGUUUAUUAUGUUGGAGAGAACCUGCAGAGACCUGAAUCAUCUGUGACAGGCAGCAGCAUUCUGGUCAGCGGUGUUGGGCAGGAUGUGGCUCGAAUGUGGGAAAUGGCCAUCCAGCAUGCUCUGAUGCCAGCGGUUUCUACAGGAAUUUGCCACAGUUCCCACCGCAGUGGACACAAGGAGAUUUCAAUCAGUAUUUCAGUUUCCAACUGCCAGAUCCAGGAGAAUGUGGACAUCAACUCAGUGUAUCAAAUCUUCCCAGACGAGGUUCUUGGCUCAGGACAGUUUGGCAUUGUGUAUGGAGGUAAGCACAGGAAGUCCGGCCGAGAUGUUGCCAUCAAAAUCAUCGACAAACUCCGCUUCCCCACCAAACAGGAGAGUCAGCUGCGCAAUGAGGUGGCCAUCCUGCAGAGCCUGCACCAUCCAGGGGUGGUCAACCUGGACUGUAUGUUUGAGACACCAGAGCGAGUGUUUGUGGUCAUGGAGAAGCUUCACGGAGACAUGUUGGAGAUGAUCCUCUCCAGUGAGAAAGGCAGACUUCCUGAGAGGAUCACAAAGUUCCUGGUGACACAGAUCUUGGUGGCUUUGCGUCAUCUCCACUUCAAGAACAUUGUCCACUGUGAUCUGAAACCUGAAAAUGUCCUGCUGGCUUCUGCAGACUCUUUCCCCCAGGUGAAGCUGUGUGAUUUUGGGUUUGCUCGAAUCAUUGGUGAGAAGUCAUUCAGGCGUUCAGUGGUCGGAACACCAGCAUAUCUUGCUCCUGAAGUCUUGAGAAAUAAAGGCUACAACCGCUCACUGGACAUGUGGUCAGUUGGAGUCAUCAUCUAUGUCAGUCUCAGUGGGACGUUCCCUUUCAAUGAAGAUGAAGAUAUCAAUGAUCAGAUCCAGAAUGCAGCCUUCAUGUACCCUCCUCACCCCUGGAAAAAAAUCUCCCAAGAAGCGAUUGACCUGAUCAACAACUUGCUGCAAGUGAAGAUGAGGAAGAGAUACAGUGUUGACAAGACACUAAGCCAUCCCUGGUUGCAGGACUACCAGAUGUGGCUGGAUCUAAGAAACCUUGAGUCUCGGAUAAACGAGCGCUAUAUCACCCAUGAGAGCGAUGACCUGCGAUGGCAUCAUCACGCCCAGCUCAGCGGCCUAGACUACCCCAUGCACCUAACCAACAGCCCCUGUGGUGAAGUUGGACAGGGGAUGGAGCGUUACAAGGAAAAGGAGGAAGAACUGGAGACCCUCAGUGAGAGGAUCAAACUUCUGUACACUCCAAAAUUGGCAUUCCAGCUUCAACUGGAAUUGAAAUGUUGAGUGUCUUGUACGUUUCUCUGUAAAGGUUUGAGUUAUAAAGCAUUCAAUUAAGUAUUUUUUUUAUAACGUGCUUAAACCAUUGUACAUGUUUUAUUGUGAAGAAUCUGUAGAUGACUGCAAACAGAAGUAGAACUCUAGAUUAUGUACACCUUUUAACUAAGCGAAAGUUUGAUACAGAAAGCAAAGACUGUUAAACCUGAUAAUUUUCUUACAGGUAUUAAGCCUUUCUCAGAAAUUAGAUAGAUUUGUACUUGUGUCUCUGGGAAUUUCAGAAGUUUAACUUAGUUAAAAAAAUAAAACUGUUAGUUUUCAUGUUACAGAAUCCAAAAGUCUUUUAUUGCUAGUGUUUUACAGUGCUUGAACAAAUUAAAGAAAACUUAAAUCAGUGAUCACAUGGAUCUUAAUUACUGAUUACUAUCAGUAAGUAAUUCUUACAGAUAUACACUGUAAUUUGUUGAGAACAAAGUAACAGUUGUCAUAGGAAACCAAAAUCAUCAACGCAUUUAGGGCUGGAUAUAAAAUAACACCAAAAAUCCAACUGAUCCAACUUGCCUUGUAAUAUGGCUUAAUAGUGUUGUAGUAGAUGUGCCAUUUCACACACUUAAGACUAUGCUGGGAGACACAGAAAUACUUGUAUGUGCUGCAGGUACGGUCUCAUGGUACCAGCAGUGACAAGGACACUAGAAAAAAGCAAAACAGGAGACAAAUCAGUCAGGAGGGAUAAGAUGAUGCGAAUGGUGUGCGGCCGCCAUCUGCAAUACAAUUCCCCUUUUGGGGGUCGUCUUGUUGUUGGCUCUCCAGAGCACCUGUUAACACUUUCAUUUGCACCAAAUCAGGUGAAACCAGUUUAUGCUUCCUAAUUGGACAGACUGAUAUAUCUGUAGUUAAAAUGAAUUUGAAUGAAUGAAGAAAUAUUACCACAUAUAUGGCUUGAAAAAAAUAACACAAAUUCAUGUUUUUACACUGUACUAUUUUUUGGGGAUUUUAAAAAAUGUAUAUGAUGUGAGAAUUCAUUGUUUUGUUUUUUUCAACCAUUCCACAAAGAUAUGCUAACUGUUUGCUCCUGAGUUCUGCUAAGCUAAGUUAGUCAUUGCCAUCCUUCAGCUUUGUAUUACAGACAGAAAUAAGAUCCCUAGCCAUCAUUAUCUAACUCAGUGAGAACAAACACAAGUAUAUACUUUACCUGACUUUACAUAAACUGUCUACUUUUAGUACAAUCUACUUAACUAGCUUAUUUCUAUUUUAUGAACAAUCACUGAAGGUUUUGAUAUUCACCAGCAGUGGAUAUUGGAUGAAAUGUAGUUAUUUUAAAAUAUAAUGAAGAACUAUUGCCUGGCCUGUUGGUCAGAAAACAUGAAAUGUAUUAGUAGAAGAAGAAUGAGGUCUAAACGUUUUCUCUGAAUGUGUUUCGCUUUGAGCUGUUGAAGUGUCUGUCAAUGUGCAGAACGUUCAGCUGUUUCCUGAUGCUGUAUGGCUUCAUCCCUUUGCUGUCUGCGCUCUGAACAGCCUGCCUGAAGUGCUCACAAAGCAUUUGCUAUCUACAGAAACUUUAAAGAUGUAUUUUUUCGGACCA